AUGAACAUUUCCCAACUUAGAAUGACACCAACAGGCAGAGCAACCCUCCUCUAUCCAGAUUUACGUCUCUGAAUUACAAAAGAAAACCCCAAACUGGGAACUGCAAAGGGACUGUAGGUGGAAGACACAACCGGAAUGGAUGAAUGUGAGAGUCUGGACUCGGAGGUGGCAGCGCUGCAGGGGUUCCAGAGUGAGCCUUCAGAGGCCGUCAGCCAGGACGAUGAGGACGAGCUAGAGGAACUGCAGAAAAGUCUACGAGAGGUUGUCCAGGACCAGUCGGUGAAGCCCAAAGUCCAGUGCCUCAUGGUAGAUCCAUCGUUCUCCAUGGUAACGGUCCAGAGCGAGGACAGUGGCAUUGUUUGGGAAACGGCCUCUAGUCGCUGCUCUACCCCGUGGGCGUCCGAGACCAGUUCCAUCUCCGAAGCCUACAGCAUGGAGGGCUCUGGAGCUGCAGGGAAGAUCACCGUUGUCUUCGAUGAGGAGAAAGUAGUGCGAAGGAGAACAAGGUCUGGAGGGAGAAGCAGCAGGCUGGGCGACAGGCUCAGCCGACCUGGCAGCUCGAGAUCUGCCUCAGCUCUGGGGGUGGAGAGGCCGGAGAUGGCGGAGGUGUCUAUUCCCAACAUCAAACAGGAGGAAACGGAAAAGGAGCCGGACCUGGAGGAUAUUAAAAGCAAAGAUCAGCAGCUGUUCAGUUUGAUUUCAGAGGGUUAUGAGAUUCUCAACAUCAGAGUGCCUUCCAAACUUCCCACUGUGGACGAGGAGGAGAGCACAGAGCUUCAGGACAAUCUGACCUAUCUGGACCAGACCCCUCAGAUCAGGUCUCGAGACCCCCAUGACUGGACACAGCAACAGCAAGUCCCGCUGGAGGAGGAGGAAGUGUUGGAGCCUCUGAAGCAGGACUUGACCCCGAUGCCAGCAGACACAGAGCUUCAGAAAGACAGUCACAUUGAUUACUUUGAGAAGUUCACCCUUUUGGAUCACGUGGUUCCUGGAAAGGAGGCUGCAGAACUACAGAAGGCUGCAGAAGAACAGCCAGCAGUGACAGUCCAAGUAGAGAAGAAACAGGAGCAGGAGCCUGCCAAAGAUAGCUCGCCUGCUUCAGAGGAGUCUUUUGUCUUUGUUACAGAUGUGGAAAUAGUGGGAGAACAUCUGGAUGAGGUCUUCUAUGGAGAAGGUCCUCCUGCUGAUGCUCUGCAGAAGAGAGAAGAUGAAGAAGAAGAAGCCAGAAUGAGAAUGAGACGGGAAAGCCUGAGAUCAGGGAAGAGUGGUUCAGUGUUGUUUGAGAAGGAGGAGACCACCCUUACUCCGAUCUAUAUCUCCUCAGGACCUCCAAAGAUCAUUGACCCCAUCCUGCUGGAGGAGCCCACCGCCAUGUCCUUCAUGUACUCUGACCUUUACGAGGAUGCCGUAGGCGAGAGGAGGAGAAGCGACGAGGAAUACUCUGAGGCAGAAAGCGUUGCGUCGGAGAAAUCUUAUAGGAGACGUUUGUCAGAUUCAGACGAGGCAGACGGGUACCUGGAGAAGUUUAUUCUGAAGGACGAAACACCCACAGCAGAGGCCCGACCGGAGUCUGUGGAGGACAAAACCGAGGGCAGGAUGAUGUGGCCGCAGAAUAAGUUUGACAUGACAGGAUGUCUAAUAAGAGCGGAUGAAGAAGACGCUGAAGAAAAGAAGAAGACAGAGGAACCUGAACAGAAAGAAGAUACCGUUACAGGUAACGAGAGGCAGGAAACACACCUUCCAACUGACACUGAGGAGGUAGAGGUGUCCGAAAAAUCAUCUCAGGAUUCUAAAGCGAGAGAGGAUCAGACAGAGGAAAUCAGUUAUGCAGUAAUAAGAGACCAGAGAGAUGCUCUGGAGAGCAGAACCGAUGAAAAGCUAGAGAAACCAGGGACGAGUGAGCAGCAUCACAGCUCUUCUGAUUGUGAGCAGCCAAGUCAGGCUCCAGAGGAGACAGCAACAAAAGCACCUGUGAACACAGAGGCAUCAGCGUCUUUGAUUAAAUCUGAAAUACAGUCAGAAACCACUGAGAAGGCCGAGUCUGUGGAGACAGUCGCUGAAGUUAAGAUGGCAGCAAGUGAUGAGAAGGUUGUAACAGAAACAGGUUCGGUCCAAGAACCUGAGACUGAGGAAACGCUGACUUCGUCUGACAAAGAGACACCAAGUGAAACAUUCCUGUGUGAGGAGCAAGAAGCAGCGGACGCCGCUCCAGAAGAAGUUGGACCCGUGGAGGUCAUCGCUGACUGUGAUUCAGCCGUUCACGCGGUCAUUGAAGUGAAAGAAAAAGCCGUGAGAGAGAAAGAGGUACAAACCCAAGUUCACAUAGAUCUGAAAGAAAUAACAGAUGUUGAAACAGCAGAUGUUCGUGAGGGAGAUAAAGGACAUGAAGCGCUCAGAGUGGAAGUCACAGAGAGCAGGUUGCCUGAGUUCCUGACAGAAACUGAUCAAGAGUCAGAGAUGAAAGCUGGGAUUUCAAGUGGAGUAAACAAACCUGAGACACCAGAAAGCAUCAGUACAGACUCACACAAGAAACAUGAUGAGAUCCAUCAGUUUGAGCAACAUCUGCAAGAAAGGUCAGAGCUCAUAACUGAAGCCAAAGCCCCAGAAGUCAGCAGAGCUCCGGUUCACGACGUGAUGAAGAGAGGCGAUGAUUUAAUCCUCCUGGUCCCCAAAGGACAAGCUGUGGAAAUGGACGUCAGUAUUGGUCAGGGGUGGGACAAGACUGCGAGCGUCGUGGUCGCGCUCCCUGAACCUGUCAGCGCACAGGACGACACAGCAGCACACGAGAGGCCGCCAGUGGAGGAAACAAAGCCAGAGCCUCCACUGGAAACAGAACCAGGAGAAGAAGGAGGCGUGAAUGACUUGGACCGGAUGAGCUCAGCCCCAGCAUCCGCCGUGGAGGCUGAGUCGGAGGAGCGGAGGGCCAGGAGCUAUGUGGAAGGAGACGAGGAGGCCUUUGUCCCUCUGAGGAGCUUUACUCCCCAACAGGAUUUGUUUGGACUCCAGAGAGAGGCUGCGCAGUCAGAAGGCGCCGCUGGAGAAGAGGAGGAAGAAAGUGAUCAGGUGGAGGACGCCCCAGAAGCAAAGAUCAUGCAGGAGGUACGUUCAGAUGGUGACGUUCACAGAGAGGAUGUCGGGCUGAAGAUGGAGGAGGAGGAGGCGCCAACAGAGGCUCCAGAGGCGCCCAUCGAGCUUGAAUAUGAGGUGAUCUACACACAGGAAGCAAAGGACACAGCAGAGUCUGAAGUGCACCGAGACACAGAGGAAUCAGGACGCGAGUCUGGUCUGGACAGAGAGGAGAGGGUGGAGGUGGAGGUGGAGCGGGCGAUGGAGCUGCCCCCUGAAGAGGAGCUCAAUGAAGAUGACUAUGACAUCAUCGACGCGGAGGAGGAGAGCCAGGCCCGUCUGGCUGCUGAGCUGCUGGGGAUGGACUGGUUCUGCGUCCCGUGUGGGCGUCUGCUGUCACGGGACGACACGGCGCGCGAGGACCACCACGGCCACGAGGUGAAGACAGUGGACAACGUGUACGAGCAAGUCAAGGAGAAGCUGUCUGACUGGAUCUCGGAGCUUCAGGGGAAGUCAGAGAACAUCGAGGACCUGGUGUCAGAGCUGGAGCUGGCCUACAACUCUGUAGAGGACCUGUGCGCGGAGAGCGACGCGGCCAUGAAGGCGCAGAAUGAGGAGAUGAUGUCGCUGGUGAUGGAGCAGUACAACGCCAUGUCCGUGGGCAUGGAGGAGGAGAAGAAGGCCAAGCUGGAGCAGCUGUACGACCAGAUCGUCUCCUUCCAGGAGAGCAUAGACUCGGCCAAGGCCACGCUGGAGACGGCGUCCAGAGAGGCUGACGCCGAUGCAUGUUCACCUGAAGACAUCUACUCAAGGCUUAAAGCCGCUCUCGACUCCACUAUGUCCCUGGAGCUGGGCCCCAAAGGGUUGCUGGUGUUCGAGGACUACGCCAAAGGCAACACUUCCGGCUGUCACUUUGCGCAGCGCAAGGGAAUCCCAGUCCCCCAGAGGCCCAGUCUGCAGCCCCAGGAGCCAGGCUCAGCCACCAGCACCAGCGUCACUGUCUACUGGAAGGUCAACCCUGAAGACAUCAUAGACUGCUUCCAGGUGUACUGCAUGGAGGAUCCGCGGGGAGCGGUGUCAGAAGAGUACCGCGUGACGGUGAAGGAGAGCUACUGUGUCCUGGAGGAGCUGGAGCCUGACAGGAAGUACAAGGUGUGGGUGAUGGCUGUCAACUACACGGGCUGCUCCCUGCCCAGCGAGAGGCUCUCCUUCACGACCGCGCCGUCGGUGCCGGCGAUCGACACGGAGCGCUGCACUGUGCUGUGGGACUCGGCCACGCUGAGGUGGAGCUCGGCGGCAGCCGCCUCGCAGACCUACACUCUGGAGUACUGUCGGCAGUAUGAACUGGAGGGGGAGGGCCUCAGGUCCGUCUCAGGCAUCAGAAGCUGCGAACACAAGGUUCUUCUGCAGCCAAACGAGAAUUACCUGUUUUACAUCAAAGCUGUGAACGAGGCCGGAGCCAGCGAACAGAGCGAGGCGGCGCUCGUUUCCACCAAAGGAACGAGGUUCCGCCUGCUGAGAGCCACCGCUCACCCUGCCCUGGAGCUGUCCACGGAUGAGACCACCGUGCACUAUUCCCAGGACGCAGCUCAAAACGCGGCCCUCGCAGACGGACAGUGUCCUUCUGUCCUGGGCGAGUUGUUUCCGGCACGAGGGAGCUACUACUGGGAGGCCACGGUGUCCGAAUGCGCGGCUUACAGGCUCGGGGUCACGUGCAGCACCGCUGGCAGGAGCAGCUCGCUGGGGGAGGACGGAGCGUCGUGGUGCUUGCAGCGCGUCCCUUCGCCGUCAGGCUGCCGGUAUCAGCUGCUCCACCACGACGUCCAGGCCAGCGUGUGGGUGGUGGACGCCCCCGAGCGGGUGGGCACUCUGCUGGAUUACCAGCGCGGUCGCCUGUCCUUCUACAACGCCCACAGCGGACAGUUGCUCGGCAGCUUCAGCCAGCGCUUCACGCAGCCCUGCCGCCCGGCUCUGGCCCUGGAGAUGCCGGGCAGACUGGGGGUCCGCAUGGUCCCGGAGCUGCCGGAGUUCGCCAGAGAGAGUUAGCUGGGGAGUCGGCGGUUCGUGUAGGUUUGAAUGGAUGCUUACUUUAUAAUAAUUAAAAAAACGGGAUUCCUAAGUGGAAAUUAGAAAAUGCAAAUAUCACAUUACAAAACACAAAUGUAAUUGGCUCCCGUUUAUUUAUAGAAAACCUGAUGAAUGUUUGGUGUGGUUUAAGUAAUAAUUAUGAAUUGAAUAUAAAAUCAACAUGUUAUCUUUUUAGCAACUAAAGUGCAAUUGAUUGAGGUGUGACAUAAAACCUGCAGUUAAUGGUUAAAGAGAUGAAUGUCCUUUUAGUUUAACCAGAAAGGAAGUGAAACGUUUUCUAAUUUUGUAUGCUGAUUUAACUGUUUUGUACUGUUUUGUAAAGGGUUUGUGAUGUAUUGAUUUUCACUUGAUAUUUUUAACUAUUUAAAGUAGCACUUUGAACAUUGUGUAUAGGUCUAUUUGUGUAAAUAACCUUUGUAAAGUGAUGUGCUCCACAUUUUGUAACAUGUGACUGACAGUAAAUCCAAAAAGCAACAUUUUC